UCCAGUUUGGGUUUGGGUUGACAUUACGAUUACGGUUUAGUUUAGUUCCAUGCGUUCAACGCGCAACAAGUAGAUAAGUCAGUAGUAAAAACGUGUUCGGACUUGUUUAUUUGUGAAUAUUGUUUGUCAAUUUACAUAUAGACAAAUGACACAGUGACCAAUAAAAAAAAUGCGGUAACAGAAAACUAUUUCACCACGAAAAACUAUAAAGCAAUGGGUAUUUCAAAUAAACCACGAGGAAGAUGAUGAUGACGACGAAGAAGCAAGAGAAGGAAAAAGGAAAGUCAUAACAGAAGCUAAUUUGAGUACAGUGUUGGAGAAGAGAUAAGAAAAUUCUUAUUUAGCUCUCGACGCUGCUUACUCGUGGACCAACUCUAGUAGUGCGCACAUAUAUCUAUAUCUAUAUAUAUCAGUAAAUGUAAUAUGUAAGGGAACAGAUCGUCAGUAAUACUAACAAGUAACAAGUUUUAUUAUAAAGAACGAAGACGAAACAGAAGCACAAGCCCGCGUGCAAUUAAAUCCAGUCCGCGGCCCGCGAUUCAAAGUUUUAUUCAACCCGCGGUCUUUCUACUCGCCAGCACUCGUAUCUCCACACGUGCAUAUACUCCUAUAUAUUUAUAUAAAAAAAAAAACUGCAUUCAAAAUAAAUCCGCUGGCAAUCGAUUAGUAUAAAGUGUUUGUGAGAUUAAACUCUAUAAAGUGCGUCAAUAAGUAUUUUUGAAAUUUAUUUUAUUGAGUUUUAAAGCACGUACGAAUUAUUUUAAUCGGAUUUAUAAAAUUAUAUUUAAAUAAUUAUAUAGACUAUAUUAAUUAUUUAUUUCUGUAUGCCAGUCAGUAGUCGCAAGUUAAUGAUUGACAGUAGUUUAAUUUAAAAAGACCGGAGACUCGAAAAAAAAAAAAUAAUAAUAAAUAAACAGGGAAAAUGUGCGGGAGUUUGUACAAGUGAUUAAACUACUACACGUGUUCGUUCGUGAGUUUAAAAUAAAAAUUGUACGAGAGGAAGUAGUUUUAAAGAAGAGAUAGAGAGUAAAUACUAAAAGGAUUAUCAAGAUGAACGUGACUACAGACUUGAGAAUGAUCCAGGAUCACGAUCAUGGAUAUCAACAAGCUUAUCCACGAGCCGUGACAAUUACUGCGGCUGUUUGCGCGAUACUAUUUAGCAUCAUUGGCGUUCUUGGUAAUUUAGUAACAGUAAUAGCACUAUUAAAAUACACAAGACUACGAAGACAUGCAACAACAGCAUUUGUUAUAAGUCUAAGUAUAUCAGAUUUAAUAUUUUCCGCUGUAAACUUACCAUUAACAGCAAGCAGAUAUUUAAAUGAGGCAUGGGUACUCGGCGAAACACUUUGUCAAAUAUUUCCGUUAUUUUUUUACGGCAAUGUUGCUGUAUCUUUGCUGAGUAUGGUCGCCAUAACUGUCAACAGAUACGUUUUGAUAUCAAAGUCUGAUAUUUAUGCGAGACUUUAUACGAAUCGAGGAAUAACAAUAAUGUUGAUAGCGAUAUGGGUAAUUAGUUUUUCGCUACUUCUUCCACCGCUAACUGGAAUUUGGGGGAAACUUGGACUUGAUCAUAAGACAUUUUCAUGCACAAUACUGCGUAAAAACGGCAAGAGUCCUAAAAAAAUGCUGUUUGUCAUAGGAUUUGUGAUACCCUGUGUUGUAAUAAUUGUAUCUUACCUCUGUAUUUACUGGAAAGUAAGACAAAGUCGUAAAAAUUUAGAAGCACAUAUGGUUAACGGCGGGAUGAGACGUAACACUGGAUUUCAAAGACGUGAAGAUUCUCGAGUAACAAAACUUAUGCUCACCAUAUUUUUAUGUUUUUUGCUAUGUUUUUUGCCACUCAUGCUGGUCAACGUCAUCGACGACAAGGUCAAAAUUCCAAUUAUACAUGUGGUUGCUUCAAUACUGGCAUGGGCAUCUUCUGUUAUCAAUCCUUUUAUUUAUGCCGGCACUAAUAAACUAUACAGAGAAGCUUACAGGCAGGUACUGUGCCCAAUUACCAACAGCAAAAGUAAUGUACCCGUAAAACCCACGGGUUCCCAUUCAAGUAAAGUUUCAUCACAUCAAAUAACUUAAAUUUUU